ACAGCGUGCUCAUUAAUCACGGCAGCCAGGGGGCACAGCGCAGAAACAGAUUCUCGCCAAAAUAACAAGCACAAAAAGUCCAUUGUCGGAGCUACAUGUACAUGCACAAGCUAAUCGAAACUAUUUAGACUUCCAAUCUCUCUUGCCUUUUUAACUGAGAGAGUUGCACUGCUUCUCUGACAGCAAUGUGCUGUAGUGGACUCACUGGGAGGACUUUAUGGACAGUGACAUUAGCAGAAAUAUUGCUAGUUGUGAUAUUAGCAGCUCGCUGGAGUGAGACUCUGGAUUAUGAUUAUAACACUACUAGCGGUUUCGAAUACUUGAUGGACCCGGAGAACUCCGAAGACAUCUAUAAGUAUAAGGACCCGUGCAAAGCCGUUGCUUUCUGGGGAGACAUAGCUUUAGAUGAAGAGGAUAUGAAGUUGUUUCACAUAGACAGAACCGGUCAGAUAACAAAGCUCACAGCAGGAACAAGACGACACAAUACAGGUGGUCUCAGGGAGAAAAUCAAUCCUGCAAGCCAGAACUCCACCACAGCAGCAAACCAGAAAAGCAGAAAAGUUAUAAAGGGCCCAAUGCAGAGACUUGCUCCAGAUACCACACAAAAGAAGAAAAGGAAUAAAAGAGUUUCUAAGGGAGCCAGUGAAGUUGCAAGCCGAGUGCGAAGGGCUGCAACAUCGCGCCAGGAGAGGAUAUGGCCAGGAGGCGUUAUUCCCUAUGUGAUAGGAGGAAAUUUCACCGGUACCCAAAGAGCCAUAUUUAAACAGGCCAUGAGACAUUGGGAGAAAUACACAUGCGUCACCUUCGUAGAGAGAACAGAUGAAGAGAGUUUCAUUGUGUUCACCUAUCGGCCAUGCGGGUGCUGUUCCUAUGUGGGACGGCGUGGUGGAGGUCCCCAGGCCAUUUCUAUAGGCAAGAACUGUGACAAAUUUGGCAUUGUCGUCCACGAGCUCGGCCACGUGGUUGGGUUCUGGCAUGAACACACUCGACCAGACCGUGACAGCCAUGUCACGAUCAUAAGGGAAAACAUACAGCCAGGGCAGGAGUACAACUUCCUGAAGAUGGAGCCCGGUGAAGUGAAUUCUCUGGGAGAGACCUACGACUUUGACAGUAUAAUGCACUAUGCCCGGAACACCUUCUCAAGGGGUGUUUUUUUGGACACCAUUCUUCCACGAAGAGAUGAUAACGGCUUGAGAUCUCCCAUCGGGCAGCGAAUCCGCCUCAGUCAGGGAGACAUCGCACAAGCAAGAAAACUGUAUAAAUGCCCAGCAUGUGGAGAAACGCUUCAGGAUACGACAGGGAACUUCUCAGCCCCUGGAUUUCCAAAUGGCUACCCUUCAUAUUCACAUUGUGUUUGGAGGAUCUCUGUUACUCCGGGGGAGAAGGUUAUUUUAAACUUCACCACAAUGGAUUUAUUCAAAAGCCGUCUUUGCUGGUAUGAUUACAUAGAAGUACGGGAUGGAUACUGGAGAAAAGCCCCACUACUGGGCAGAUUCUGUGGAGAUAAAGUUCCAGAACCAAUCCGCUCCACUGACAGCAGGCUCUGGAUUGAGUUCCGCAGCAGCAGCAACAUUCUGGGCAAAGGAUUCCUCGCAGUGUACGAAGCUAUUUGCGGAGGGGAAAUCAAAAAGGAUGUGGGGCAGAUCCAGUCCCCGAACUAUCCAGAUGACUACCGGCCUUCAAAGGAGUGCAUCUGGAAAAUAACAGUAUCAGAGGGGUUUCAUGUGGGACUCGCAUUCCAAGCCUUUGAGAUUGAGAGACAUGACAGCUGUACUUAUGACUAUCUGGAGAUCCGCGAUGGAGAAGAUGACGACAGUCCUUUGAUAGGACACUACUGCGGGUAUGUGAAGCCAGAAGAUGUCAAGUCCACCUCCAACAAACUAUGGAUGAAGUUUGUGUCUGAUGGCUCUAUUAACAAGGCUGGCUUUGCAGCCAAUUUCUUCAAAGAGGUUGACGAGUGCUCAAGGCCAGGAAAUGGCGGGUGUGAGCAGCACUGUGUGAACACUCUUGGCAGCUACAAGUGUGCCUGUGACCCUGGGUACGAGCUCGCUCCCAAUAAGCGGAGCUGUGAAGCUGCAUGUGGUGGCUUCAUCACCAAACUCAAUGGCACCAUUACAAGCCCUGGGUGGCCGAAGGAAUACCCAACAAAUAAAAACUGUGUGUGGCAAGUCGUGGCUCCCGCCCAGUACAGGAUCUCCUUGCAGUUUGAGAUCUUCGAACUGGAAGGCAAUGAUGUUUGCAAGUACGACUUUGUGGAGGUGCACAGUGGGCUGUCUUCUGAUUCAAGGCUACAUGGCAAAUUCUGUGGCUCAGAAAAGCCCGAAGUCAUUACCUCUCAGUUCAACAACAUGAGAAUAGAGUUCAAGUCGGACAACACUGUGUCUAAGAAAGGCUUCAAGGCCCACUUUUUUUCUGAUAAGGACGAGUGCUCCAAGGACAAUGGCGGCUGUCAGCACGAAUGCACCAACACAUUCGGCAGUUACUCCUGCCAUUGUAGAAACGGCUUCAUUCUGCAUGAGAAUGCGCACGACUGCAAAGAAGCUGGAUGUGAACACAAGGUGACUAGCGCUGAGGGUGUGAUAAGCAGUCCAAACUGGCCUGACAAGUACCCCAGCCGUAAAGAGUGUACAUGGGAACUCUCUUCCACUGCUGGGCACCGUGUUAAAAUUGCGUUCAACGAGUUUGAGAUGGAGCAGCAUCAGGAGUGUGCCUACGAUCAUCUGGAGUUGUAUGACGGACCCAACAGCAAGUCUCCAAUCCUCGGUCGAUUCUGCGGGAGCAAGAAACCGGAUCCGGUCAUCACUUCGGGAAACAAAAUGUUCCUCCGAUUUUACUCUGAUGCCUCGGUCCAAAGAAAAGGGUUCCAAGCAAAGCACAGCACAGAGUGUGGGGGUCGAUUGAAGGCCGAGAUUAGGACGAAGGACCUCUACUCUCAUGCCCAGUUUGGGGAUAACUUCUACCCAGGACAGUCCAACUGUGACUGGGUGAUCGUGGCAGAAGAUGGAUAUGGAGUGGAGCUGAUUUUCCAGACUUUUGAAAUUGAAGAGGAAUCUGAUUGCGGGUAUGACUACAUGGAAAUCUAUGAUGGCUACGAUAGCACAGCACCCAGGCUUGGCAGAUUCUGUGGCUCAGGGCCUCCAGAAGAAAUCUACUCGGCGGGAGACUCUGUAAUGAUUCGCUUUCACUCAGAUGACACAAUCAAUAAAAAAGGAUUCAACGCCCGUUACACCAGUACCAAAUUCCAGGAUGCCUUGCAUAUGUGAAGAGCCAGUGAAUUAUCUCAGCCUUCAUGGUAAAAUGUAAGACUAUUUAAAAAAGAAUAAGACAAAAACAUGUAAGAUAUUUUACUGUCAGUCUUUGGGAGUUGAACUUUAAUCAAGAGUAUUUUUCUGCAAAUAAAAAUUAAAUAUGCUAUUCAAGCAUGCCAGUAUUCUAAGGACCAAAUAUUUUAGUAAUUUACUAUAUCAAGCCAUAGGACAGUAAAAGGUAGUUUAGCAGGGUUUCAGAACAAAGUGGAUAGCUGAAAAUGAAGCAUCUUCUUUCAUAUCGUUCCAAGUGAUAGGGGGUUCCUGUUAGAGGGCACAUCCUGCAAACUGUGAGUUUUUAGGACACGUCGCUACUGAGUUUUUUUUAUCAACUUUCAGAAAUGCUACUAAAUACAGGUAACUAAUUUAUGUAACUGCAUACAUGAACAAGCUACAGUGCACUGUAACUUCUGUGUAGUUUGAAGUGUAGCUCCAUUUUCUGGCAAACCUUAGUCAGUUAAAAUGUGAAUCUUAAACAUUAUAUAUAUAUAUAUACACACACACAGACAUACACAGGCAUCUUGUGCAAUAGCAAUUGUAAAGUGCAGGACUCCUGCAAUGUACUGUCUCAUUAUCAGAUGGCAUAUUCAUAGGUACUGUAUAGAUCUUUGUGAUCUGUGACAUUGCCAGUGUUAUAGUCUGAUUGUGCAGCAGCAGCCGCAGCAGUCUGUUGAUGCAGUGACUACCACAGCACUGUGUUAUUAGACAAGAAGUUUUCUGUUGAGGUUUCUUUUCCUUUGUUGGAUAGUGAAGGGUUUCUUUGCUAUGCUUUUGUAAUGUGUGUGUUUUGUCUUAACCAAGAGAAUCUGAAAAUAGAAAUGCAAUUAUUUUAGUGGGCCAGCUGUGACUUGUAACUACUGUAUUUUCUAUUUUAGCAAUCAUUGGAGUUCAGGCAUGCUGUGUAAAAAAAAAAAAAAAAAAAACACUGUGACAUACUGUUCAGAAUCAGAUGAGCUGCAGAGGGGUUCAACCUUCAAGAAUAAGUGUCUUGGGUUGAUUUGUAAUACAAUAACUGAGGCACCCCCAAUAGUAAUGGCAUACCCUACACAAACGUUAUACUGCCUGCACUUUGAACACUGUCAUCAGUAUUGGUUACCACACUAGAAAAAGGACAUUGAGGAUACAAUUUGGUGUACAGUUUUUAUUAGCUGAGCUAUAGUGUAUGUUUAGCUAUACUGAGUGAAAAAAAAACAGACUGUACAGUAUUUAGAUUUAUCAGAUUUUUAAAUGCGUAGGCUACAGUGGUAUAUUUUGAGUGACUAUUAUUUGACAAUAAACUAGUAAAAAUAUUUCACAAACAUUUUGACUAGAAUCUACAAAUCACUCAAUAAGGUAAGUUUGUUUCCUAGUAGAAAAUACUUUUUUUUUUUUUUCAUAAGUACUGGUAAAAGUAGUUUUAAGUGAAACUUAACCCUUUCAGUCCUGAAUUAUUAUUGUCAUGCUGAACAAUAAACUCCUUUAUUAAGUAUUCAUAAGAACAGGACAAAAACAUGUUCUUGCAUAUAUUUAAACACUACCUCAGACUGGGACCUAGGAGUCCUGUGAGGUUCCAACGUGAUUUUCAUUGGCAUAUGUUAAUAUACGGCUCUAAGGCGGGACCUUGAAGUCCUGCCAGGGCUGAAAGGGUUAAUAUUAAAUACUGCAAGUCUUUUUUGAAUGGCCAAAUUUCUGAAAAUUUCAAUUUCUGAAAAGUCUAAGUCGGCUGUUUGAAAUUUCAUGGUUUCUCUGUAUAUUUCCCUCACAAGUACAUAAUACUGUUUGGAACACCCAACACUCAAUGAGACACCCAGUUACUGUUAUUGUGGAAACUGUAGCUGGUACAGUACAUGACCAGAAAACAACAACAUUUGGUCUGCUUAGGACCAGGUUUGACCUGUGUGUCACUGUUUUUUAGUGCCUGAAAAUAAACAAACUUGGAAUUGGUCAUCACCCCUGGUUCUCGAUGUCAUGGAGAACAUCCCUCAAUCAACUUCAUUGAAUGUUGUUUAUGGCGCCAUUCAGUAUAUCCAUGUAGUGCAUUCUAAUAUGAUUUAUUUUAAGAAAGAAACUAAUGCUAAAGGUUAAUAGUUUUACUUCCAGUUUUAUUGAGUGCAUGGUACACUUACUACAUACAUAUAUCCACAAAAAUGCAACUUGAAAUAAAAUGUGUUGAGCAUUAUCUGAAGCUAGUUCCAGGUUAGUAUUGCACCUCAUGCAGAAGGUGCCGCUGUACUUGACAUGACUGUACUGUUUCACAACCACUGUUGCUUGUCAAGAGUUUAACGUGACCAGGGUCUGGGUCAGAAUUAUUUUAAUUGAAGUAACAUAACUGAUAUAGUUUAUUCCACAAACAAUAACCAAUCAAAGAUACAUGGGAUUCCCAAAUGUAUACAAAGUAAUCUUUGAAUUCUACAUGCAUGUUGUUAUAAACCUUUCCUUUCCAUAAAAUAACAGAAAAUCUCACACACACACACAGACACACACACACAUAUAUAUGUGUGUGUGUGUGUGUGUGUGUGUGUGUGUAUGCAUGCACGGAUAUGAUAAGUGCUAAAGCCUGAAUACUUAGAAUAUGCAUUUAGUUUAAUAUUAUUGGCUGUCAGAUACAUUUGUUCACUGCUAGUUUUUAUUCAUUUUAUUUGUUAAUCAUAUUUACUCUUGUUUAUUACUAUAAUUGUAUGCUUUGUGGUUUUUUGGCUUUUUUUGUAUGAUUUGACUGCAAAACUCAGACCUCAUACCGAUUUUAGUUUUUAUGUUAUGCUACAUUCUGGAGUUUUUAUUAAACAUUAAGACUGUAAAACCUCUGUACUCAUUGCAGUGACUUGCAAUGUUUUGGUCAAAAUAUGCUACAUAUGUUAGCAUUAAUAUAAUUUGUUUGGUUUUUUUUUUCUAUUCCAGUAUAACCCUAUAUAUAGUACUAAACA